AUGGCUCACACCCUUACUCAAGUUCGCACGUGGAAUGCCGCCUUGAAGACUACACGUCCGGACCUGGUGGCUCUCUUUGUAGGAGCUACUAGCGGAAUCGGAAGAAACACGGCUGUCAGAUUAGCUGCUUCUGUUGAUCGUCCAACUAUAUUUACUAUCGGCCGUAAUGAGGCUGCAGGUGCCGAGGUUCUGGAAGAGUUGAAGGCCGCAAACAAGAAUGGCACCUAUAAAUUCUUCCCGGUGGACGUAUCUCACCUUCGCAAUGUCGAUGAAGUUUGCCACAAGUUAAAGCCAGAGAUUCAGGAACUGGAUCUUCUGUUUCUUUCAUCUGGAGCCCCAUCUUUCGGCAAAAAGGAGGGCGAUGAUAACAUCGAUGUCAACCAUAUCAUUCGGUACUACAGUCGCUUGCGAUUUGUUCACAACCUACUUCCGUCACUUGAACUUUCCAAAUCUCCACGCGUUGUCAGCGUCCUCGCAGGCGGCCAGGAAAUGAUGAUCGAGGAGGACAACCUCGAUUUGAAGAAAAGCUUCUCCUUUUCCGCCGGAAAUGGCUACCCGACGACCAUGACUACUCUCGCUUUCGAACAUCUGGCAUCAACACAUCCUUCGGUCAGCUUCAUCCAUGACUUCCCGGGUAUCGUGGCGACACCACUGUUUAAGAAGGUCGCGGGACCUAUUCUUGGUUCAAUCUUGGGCUUCUUGAGCAAAGUCGUCUCGAUUCCGGCUUCGGAGAGUGGGGAGUGGCACACAUACCUGGCUACUGCACCUGAAUAUAAGUCUAAGAAUGUCGCUGAUGAGCCAUCUGGAGGCUCAUAUAUUCUCAAUCACGAUGGAAAGGAUGUUACCAACCAAAAGUUGAUGGAGCAGUUCCGGGAGAAGAACUUCCCUUCCAUUGUUUGGAAGCAUACGCUCGAUACAUUUGAAAAACUCUCUGCUUAA